AAUGCCGGCCUUACUCACAACUUCAGAUUCACGGAUUCCUUCAGUCCUCCUUGAAUACUUCUUGUAAAAUGGUCAACUAUGGUGUCUCUCGCGCGUGCGAGACGUGCAAAAAGCGGCGUAAAAAGUGCGAUGAGACUCGUCCAGCCUGUCUUCGCUGUGUAAAGUCUCGCAGGCGAUGUCCUGGCUAUAGAGAUGACACUGCACUGUUAUUUCGACACUAUCAGCCUACAACGCCGCCGCUAGAGCGAUGGCAUCCAAGCAAUAACUUCAUACUUGAAGCUACGGCGCUUGAUAAUUUUCUUGAUAACUUAGUGGUGCAAUCUCGCGAUCGGAGUCAUUCACGUGGUUUUCUCGAUGGGAUGCAUUAUCUCUUUGCUACCUCUGCUCCAACGUCCACUUUGAUGAGAGCUGCCAAAGUUGUUGUUCUUUCAUCACUCGCAAACCGCUAUAGGCAAGGCUCGUUGACGAGUUUAGUUCGGAGACAGUAUGGACAGGUCUUGGUUGAUUACACCCGAGUUUUGUCGCAGCAAACUGCGAGUCCGUCUGUAGAGCACUUCUUCACCGCAGUACUAUUGGGCUUGUACGAGCUUGUAGCAAGUGACAAUGCCUCUCCAACCAAGCAUCUAGUUCAUAUUCGGGGGCUCGCGUCUAUCCUCUCAAAGGGCAUUACAUACUCGGCACCAGAAUCGAAAGUGAGCGUCUAUUCUCCCGGGAUGCGUCUCGUCACAAAAGGGAUCAUGACACAUCAAACAGGCACUGGUAUUCUGUGCCCUCCUCUUGAUGACACCUAUCGUCGAUCUCUAGAUGACAUUAUCAUCAAGAUGUCACCUCUGACAAGUCGAGCGGAGAAGCUACUCUCCAAUCCUUCUCCCCCGGUGUUGGAGCUGCUAGAGCUACAACGAGAUCUAUUGGAGAUUGACGACGAGAUUACUUACUGGGCAUAUGACCGACCCCCUAGCUGGAAUCCAGAAGUAGUUGGGGAAGUCUGGAUUGAUCCAGCAAUAUCAGAGGAACCAUCAUUCUAUUGUGCCGGCCCAGUUGAGAAGUACUUCGAUAUAUACGUCGCAACGGCAUGGAACUCAUGGCGUUCAAUACAUGUCAUCUAUCUUGACCACCUCAUACACGUUGCCAAUGCCCUUGGACAAUGCGAGCUUGUUCCUCUAUAUAAAGAGCGGAUUGGCGAGCUGGCUUCGGGGAUCAAGGCAUCAAUUCCAUUCCAUCUAUAUCAAGACGUUGAGAAAUACGUCCAGCAGGCAAAUGCUGGAACUCCCCUUUUACACUCAGAUCGGCUUGUGGGAGGACUUUUACUUCUUCAUCCUAUGUAUGCCCUUGCCCGGUGUACCAUAGUGGAUGACUCAACAAGAAAGUACAUGUCCAAAACUCUGAGAUGGAUCGGUGAUGAGAUGGGAAUUCGACAUGCGACCAUUCUUGCGGAUGGCCUUCAGCCUGAUAUGCAAGGACCUUCUGCGAUGCAGAGUUCGCAAAUUUCCUUCAUCGACGCACUCGAUGGGCAUUUCCUGAUUACCGCGAGUAUGAUGUUAGAGCCGCAUUAAGAGACGUGACUCGCCGGUGCUCUGAGAAGGGUUUAGAGAGUCUGGGGGAAAAGGCUAUUGUAUUCGCUUACAGCCUAUAGAAUUGAUGAGAAACGUAGCAUUCCUUUACUUGCAACAUGAUUAUGUCCAUCUCGAUCCGUGCUGAGACUGACAUCCUCCC